CUCAUGUUAUGAAACCAAGUAAGCACAUGGUCGUAUAACUGGUUGCCUGGUUCUGUAUUUACUAUCCUGACAGAAAUGUCAUAUUUUGUUUUUGUAGAUUGUUUUUAUUUUUGUUUGCCGGGGAAUGUUGAUAAAACAAGAUAAAUAUAACAAAUAAGCUUCAUUGGUGCCUAAUAAAUAAAAAACAGUACAUGUGGUUUAGAGGUUUGAGUUUUAUGUAUACCUAGUUCAUAAUUUUGAAACUACCCUACUAAAACGUUUCAUAAUAAUAAUUUGUGGAAUAAAGCAUUGAAAAGCCAUAGGUUGGAAUGAAAAAGCUCAGGAGCAUGUUGUAUUUACUAAUUACAUUCUGUUUUAUCGGAUUAACUACCACCUUGGAUGUAAGCUCUAUAGUUUUUGUAAUAUUGAGUCAGAAUGAUAAGGUUCAUGCUCAGAGAGCUGAAAUUUUGAAGGAAGAUUUGAUAAACCAGAUGAAAACUCAUUAUCAUGCUAGACCAGAGAUACACUUGUGUCAUGAGGAGUUUAACAGUAUUUCAAGCUGGACCAUACUACCUCUUUUACCAAUUUUAGAUAAAUUGCACAGUGAUACUGCCAAAUGGAUAAUUUUCUUAGAAGACUAUACUGCAGUGGAUACUCGAAAGCUUGUUAUGGCUUUGGAGAAAUAUAAUCAUAAACAGGAAACUUGGAUCGGUCAUUCAGUGCAUGAUAAUGAAGCAACUAUCAUUCACCAUUUUGCCUUCCAUGAGAAUCCAAAAUCUUUUAAAUACCCAGUUAUUGCCUCAGGUGUGGCAAUGUCAAUACCACUAAUUCAGAGACUGAUGAACAAACUGAAACAUGAGAAAUUAAACAGUUUUACCAUAGAUGUUGCUCAUGAAUUAGCACUCUUUAUAGGUGGGGAAGUACCUUUGAAAGAUGAGCCAACAUUUUGUGUGCAGAAGAACAUCCUAUGUGCCACAUUUGCUACAGAAUACCAAUGCUGUGAUAUUCCAAUGCCAAAACAUAGUGUAUAUUAUGCUGUAAAAACGUGUGGGAAAUACCAUGAAGAUAGAGUAAAAGUCAUAAAUGAAACUUGGCGUCCUCAUGUUGCGAAAAUAGAUUUUUUCAGUGAUACAAAAGAUUACAAUAUACCAACCAUAGAUAUAAAGAUUCCAAAUACAGAAAGAGGUCACUGCCAAAAAUCUUUAUCUAUAUUACACUAUGUCAAUAAGAAAAUCAAGAAUGGAGAACUGAAUGCGAAGUGGUUGGUUUUAGCAGAUGACGACACGAUUUUCAGCGUCUCUAGGCUUCAUACACUGUUGUGUUGCUAUGACUCAAGUAUACCAGUCGCUAUAGGCCAGAAAUAUGGAUACAAUCUCUUGAUGAUAUCCGUAGAUCAAGAAUGGGGAAAAUUAAGAAGUUAAGUGAAAAAGAAAAGAAAUUAAAAAAGGAUUACGAUAGAAGGAGACGAGAACAAAUGAAAAGUAAUGCUGAGUGUUUAGAAGCUUUGCGUGAAAAAGGAGAUUAAAGUAGUUAGAGAAGAGUGGUAAAGGUCAAGUUAAGUGAAUAAGUUCUAUGAGUGCAAGAGAAGCUAGCCAAAAACGAAAACAAUGGAAGAAGAGUAGUAAAGUUUAUAGGGAAAAGCGAGUUACAUUACAAGCAAAUUUACAGAGUUGAAGAAACACCCCCACCAAGUUCUGCACCAUCUUUACAGCACAGAGCAGAGAAUUUGUCUGCUCUCAAUAGACGUAGAAUGCGCAAGCGGCGAACUAUUCUGUACGCGAAGAUUAAAAGUUUGUAAAAUAAAGUAAGGAACGCAGUCAAGCUUAGCGAAAAAUAUAAGAAGAGGUGUUUGGGAUUGAAAACUUAAAAUACUGAGCCAAACUCUCCAGCAACUAAAGCGUUUUGUCUUUUAAAGAAUAUACAAGUUCCUGACGUUGUAAGAAAAGAUUUUCGGAGAAGGUCUUUCAACGGACCUCAAGAAUAACUAUGAAGAUCUUGGAAGUAAACAUGGAGAAAAGAAAAAUAUUUCAAAAUGUUGAAGCUGCAAUUAGUGCAAAAAUACAAAUUGCUAUAUAAAUCGAACAAAAGAACUGUACCAAAGUUAGCACCAUAAUGCUGAAAGUUAAGGGUGAUGUUGUUAAUUUCUUAGAGAAUGAUGAAAAUACAAGGAUGUGCCCAGGAAGAAGGACUAUCUAAGCUCUCUAAAGUAUUAUACAAAUC